AGUUUGCUGGCGUACGUUUUCAGUCUGAAGUUGGUAAUAUGUAGUACAGGUGGUACAUAGAUUACACGUGGUUAAAAUAAAGUAGUUUAAAUAAUCAUUUAUCGUAUAAUUUUAUAUAUUCUGUUCCAGUGCAGUUAACUAAAAUAUUUAUAAAACUGUAUAUAAGACUAAUUACAAAUAAUGGAAACGUUAAAAGAACCUAUUGACCAACAAGCAAUGAUUUUUACCACAUAUGCAACAUACAUAUUUUGUACGAUUCUGUGGUUAUUUUGAGACAAAUACCAUUUGUUAAAGAUGAUGCAUGUUACCACUACUUCUUUAAGUUAUGAAUAAUAUAAAAAUUAUGCUGUAUGUGUGGUAUUAGUAUAGAACCUAAUCCAGCAAACACAUGUGUAGCAUGUUUACGAACACAAAUCGAUAUUACAGAAAAUGUUCCAAAACAAGCAACUAUUCAUUUUUGUAAGGGAUGCGAAAGAUACUUGCAACCACCCUCAGAAUGGAUUCAUGCAGCUUUAGAAUCUAGGGAGUUGUUAACAUUAUGCUUAAAAAAAUUAAAGAGUUUGAAUCGUUUAAAAUUAAUUGAUGCUGGAUUUGUAUGGACAGAACCUCAUUCUAUGAGAUUGAAGGUAAAACUAACAGUGCAAGCUGAAGUAAUGAAUGGUGCAGUUUUACAACAAGUAUUUAUUGUUGAAUAUACAGUAAAUCAUCAGAUGUGUGACGAUUGUCACAGAACUGAAGCAAAAGAUUAUUGGCGUGCUUUGGUUCAAGUUCGACAACGAGCAACAAAUAAAAAAACAUUUUAUUAUCUAGAACAGUUGAUUUUAAAAUAUAAAGCACAUGAACAAACUUUAGGAAUAAAACCUAUUCAUGAGGGGUUAGAUUUCUUCUUCGCAAAUGAAGCAGCUGCACGAAAAAUGGUUGAUUUCCUUUCAAGUGUAAUACCUUGUCGUUAUGAUCAUUCAAAAAAGCUAAUAUCACAUGAUAUUCAUAGCAAUAUAUACAAUUACAAAUUUACAUACAGUGUAGAGAUUGUUCCAAUAUCAAGAGACAGUGUAGUAUGUCUUUCAAAGAAAUUAAGUCAUCAACUUGGAGGAAUAAAUUCUAUUUGCUUAGUAUACAAAGUUUCAAACUCUAUACACUUAAUUGAUGUGUCUACAGGACAAAUUGCAGAAAUAAAUGCUACUCUUUAUUGGAGACACCCUUUUAAUAGUAUUUGUAAUCCAAAACAGUUAAUAGAAUACAUAGUCAUGGAUAUCGAACCAAUAAAAUUUAAGGACAGAAAAUUCUUCCCAGGACAGGGGAGCAUUUCCAGUAAGCACAUUAUUGCGGAUGUAUGGUUGGUUAGAAGUUGUGAUUUAGGAAUAAGUGAUAAUUCAAUCCAUACGCGUACUCAUCUUGGUCACAUAUUAAAGCCUGGAGACACUGUUUUAGGAUAUGCUCUCGGUGAAAGUAACAUUAACGAUGAAAAUUUCGAGUUAUUAAAUAAAGAUUUAGUACCAGAUAUAAUUUUAACAAAGAAGAGUUACUUGCAAGACAAAGCCGCACGUCGCAGAAUGAGAAUUUGGAAAUUGAAACAUAUGGUACAACAAGAUGAUAAUAGCAUGAUGACGGAUAAUAAUGACUACUACGAAUUUUUGGAAGAUAUUGAGGAAGAUCCAGAAAUGAGGCAAAACAUAAACAUUUUUAGAGAUAAGAAGAAAGUAAUUCCGGUGGAUACUAAUGAGUUGCCUGAUCUUAGCUGUCCACAAAUUACUCUUGAAGAGAUGCUUGAUGAUCUAGCGAUUGAUGAUGUUGAAAUACCACAUGUUUUGUAAUUACUAUUUUGAAUAAAAAUAUGAAAAUUGCA